AUGGGUAAAAAAAACACUAAAGGUGGUAAGAAGGGAAGAAGAGGAAAGAACGAAUCUGACGGUCCAAAACGUGAACUAUAUUACAAAGAAGAAGGUCAGGAAUAUGCUCAAAUCACCAAGAUGUUAGGUAACGGUAGAGUGGAAGCUAGUUGUUUUGAUGGUGUUAAGAGACUGGCUCAUAUUAGAGGUAAGUUAAGAAAGAAAGUAUGGAUGGGGCAAGGUGAUAUUAUCUUGGUUUCUUUAAGAGAUUUCCAAGAUGAUCAAUGUGAUGUCGUUCAUAAAUAUAAUUUGGAUGAAGCUAGAACUUUGAAAAGUCAAGGGGAACUUCCUGAAAAUGCAAAGAUUAAUGAAACUGAUAACUUUGGUUUCGAAUCUGAUGAAGAUGUUAAUUUCGAAUUCGGUAACGCUGAUGAAGAUGAUGAAGACGAAGAAGAUGGUGAACUUGAUAUUGAUGACAUUUAA